AUGGCUCACUUUGUUUCAUUACCAAAAUUACCUUCUGCCUCUGAGACUGCCGAGGUGUUUAUUCGAGAAGUAGUGAGACUUCACGGAGUACCUGAUGAAGUGGUUUCUGAUCGCGGCCCUCAAUUUACCUCACAAUUCUGGAAAACUCUUUGUGCAGCAUUACAGAUUAAAGAUGACUGGGUUUAUGCGGAUCGCAAACGAAGGAAAGAUCCUGAAUUCAAGGUUGGGGACCAAGUCUGGCUAUCCACGGCUAACCUCAAAUUAUCUUGUCCCAGUAAGAAGUUGGGUCAGCGGUUUUUGGGGCCCUUUACUAUCUGUCGUCAAAUCAAUUCUGUCUCUUUCCAGUUGAAGUUACCUAACUCCUAUCGCAUCCAUCCGGUAUUUCAUGCAGCAUUGCUUAAACCUGUGGUACAUCACCAUUUUCCGGGACGAAGUUUUCCUCCGCCUCCUCCAGUUAUUGUCGACAAUCAAGAAGAAUUUGUGGUUGAACAGAUCCUGGAUGUUCGUAGGAGAGGGAAACGACUACAAUAUUUAAUUAAGUGGAAGGGCUAUGGUCCAGAGGAAAAUUCUUGGGAACCUUCUUCAAAUAUACAUGCUCCUAGACUCUUGACUCAGUUUUAUAAGACUCAUCCUGGCAAGCCUUCAACUGUCUGCGUCCAGAGGUCGCAUCUCGGUAGGGGGCAAUGUAAGAAAUACUUACCGAGCGGAUCCAUCGAUGCGCCUCCGUCCAGCGUUCCUGACGUCACGGGCGUCGGGUCACGUGUGCGCGCAGAAGCGUGCACGUCAGCGCGCAUCCAGGCGCAGGCUCGUUGCGGCGCAGAGCGUGUUCACGCUGACUCCUCGUCGCAGGCGUUCUGACGCUGCAGAAUUGGCGCCAAGUUUAAAGGUAUUUAAACUGACUUUUGUAUUUUAACUGUGCCUGGUUAUCGUGGUUUGUCCUGAGACCUAGCUUACAGAUUUAAACUACUUCUGAUUGACUCCUGUGUAUGACCUUGAUGUGUUUUGACUUCUGAGACUUGCUGCCUGCCCAGACUUCUGCUUAUCUUUCGUUCCUGCUGAAUUGCUGCCUGCCAUUUGACUUCGGAUCCGG